AUGAACUUCCAUGACGUCUGGAUGCAAGAGCAGGCGGAGGAUCUGGCGCCGCCUCCGUGCCUCUUCACCGACGAGGACAAGCGCCACCACAAAUUUCUACAGCGGCAGCUCUACCACGUCGUCGAGGACGAGAGCCUCAUGGCCGAGUGGAAGAGGCGCUUCCCAGCGGACGUCCAGGAGAUGCGCGCCUUCUACGUCGAGCACAAGGCGGUGCGGAAGGCGAGCCGCGUCGCGAGGAGGAAGGAUAAAGCAGAGCUCCGCGCCUUCAUCCUGGCGCAGGAGGCUGGCCCUCAGACGAUCGGCGACAAUGACGACAUGUGGCAGGACGUGUUCUCCUCCACGCCGGUGUCCGACACCACUGUGUCUGCAGGAUCGGACUAG